AUGUUUAUAUUUCGUUUUGGCCCUUCUGGAUUUAAACGUCCUAAUAAAGAAUCAGAUGACUGCGACGAGGAAGCAGAACUGCUCCUUGCGAAGAGAGAGCGUUUUCGCGAACAAUUAGCAACUCAAAAGGCAAAAUACAUUCUCUCCACAGCCGCUGGCGUUAUAUUCGGAAUUUCCAGCGUUAUCAUUUACCUUCUAUGCGUCGCCUCGUUUUCGCGACUAUUUGGAAAAAAUGUGGCGUUGAAACAAACCUCAUACUGGUCCAAGGUGCUUGACGAGAUCGAAAUCCCAACAUACACUGUCAAAAUGAACGGGACUCUUUUCCCUCCUCCCGAUCCUGCUUUCUCACGACAGGAGCCCAGUGAAGCAAAUGACAUCACCUGGGAAGUGUUCGAGAAUAUCCGCACCCACGUCGUCACGCGUGAUGAUAUUGUCAAAUUAGGCAAGGACCCUGAUACUGUCGCGCGAUUUGAUGACGAGUACUGGGGACUUGGCCAAAAUGCGUAUAUGGCACAAUUGGACAUUUUCCACGUAGGUCACCAGUUGCGAAAAGCAGCCUUUGCAACAUACCCUGGCUACACGCCACUCGAGACGGAGAAGCCCUAUUCGAAGAUUUGGUGGAUUCAUAUAGGCCAUUGUGUUGAUAUGCUGCUCCAGAAUAUCAAAUGCUAUGGAAACGUAGACAUGAUAACAGUCGCUUGGGUAGGACAUGGAAAGCUCUGGCCGGACUUCUCUAUCAACCACAAAUGCCGUGACUUUGACGCCAUAAUGGACUGGAACCUGGAGCAUGCCGUUGAUGUCGAGAAAUUUAGUCGAAUGCCUAUCCCUAAAGACGCCUAUAUAUGGCCGAAACCAUGGGAAAAUUCCGAAGCUGAGCUUGGUCAUCCUAUUGAGAAGAAUGUCUGGAAAGGGGGAAGACAAUGUACCUAA